GCCCUUUCUCGGCGCUUGCACGGAACGAAAAGUUUCAGUUUGCAUGUCUAGUCUGGCGUCGUGGUAGGCAGCGCUUAUGGAAUAUCACUCGCUACUCCCGAUGCUUUGCUAUUCGCCAUUAUGUACCACGUGCAUACCAAAGCCCGCCGCCCGCCGUCCGCUUGUGCUUCCACCCGGAGUGAGCUCCAGCCUUCGCCGCAGUCCGCGGGCCUAGUACCGUAGAGGACAACCCACCCUCACACUGCACCCCCGGAUCUCGGCCCAUAUUUUACCGAUUCCCGACCUGCAGCCCUACUCCGUUCCUACGUAAUGGAUACCUCUGUAUGUGUGUAAAUAUGUAGCUCCCCGCACUGUAAACUCACAAUCGAGAUCUCUCCCCGCGGUCCCGCUCCAUCACCGCCACCAGCUCGCCGUCCGUCGCCGCAAUGUCCGCCUCCGCCUCCACCACCACCAGCGCUCCCAAAAACGUCCGCCGCAUCGCGCAAAUAGUGCACCUCCGGCCCUCGCAGGUCGAAGCGUACAAGGCGUGCCACGCAGCGGUCUGGCCCGAAGUCCUGCAGCAGAUCCGAGACUGCAACAUCAUCGACUACUCCAUAUUCUUCGACAACGAGCGCACGUUGUUCGCAACAUUCAAGUAUGUCGGCGAUGACUACGAGGCGGACAUGGUCAAGAUGGCGGCGAACCCGCGGGUGCGCGAGUGGUGGGCGAUGACGGACGGGAUGCAGGAGAGCCCCGUCGAGGGCGCCGUGGGGAGCGCGGAGGGGCCCGGAUGGUGGAAGGGGCUUGAGGAGGUUUUUUAUACUGCGUAACCGCAUAGCCGCAUAACCGCAUAACUGCGUGAAGGAGGUGAGAUGCGGUUUCUAUUAUUGCUAUGCCGAUUAUGAGCGAGCCUACGGUGAUCGGCGGACGAGAUACAUGGUAUUAAAUGCGCGCAAAGUAAAAUAAAAAGGAUAAAAAGGACAAAAGCCGAAAUAAACAAUGUGUAUGUGCUCCCGCUCGUGACUCAAUUACAUCAAGCUGCUCCGCCCACCGACCUCGGUGCU